GAUAGAGCAAACGAUCGCAACAGAAUCCAAUAAAGUGGACGAAGAAUAAAUCCUGUCGUCGUCCGGCACUGAGGACGCGGUUCUGGAUCCUGACAGCCAGUGUGGGUCUGCCUGCAGGGCAGCUGUUGCUGACGCACCACAGCUGAAACCGGAGGAGUCUCUCCAGACAAAACAAAAAUGGAUUCCGAGUAUGUCAAGACGCAUUUGGGAAAAUGUCUGGCUGAGGGACUGGCUGAAGUGGUGGAGCAGCGUCCCAUUGACCCCAUCCAGUUUUUAGCCCACUGGCUGUACAAAUACAACGCCAACGUUGAGUAUGAAGCAAAGAAACAAGCAAGGUUGGCGCUUGUGGAGCAGGAGCGGGCCAAAGCUGCAAAGGGUUCGCCGCCCCAGGAGGAGCCCACUUCAAAACUCUCUGGAACGGGGCCUUCACGACCGGGUGAUGCCGCAGGAGCCGCCGAGGAGCCCGAGAGGGAAGCAGACCGACCCGAGCUGUCAGAAACCCAGCAGGACACGGACCAACAUCAAAGUGGCACUCUGGCAAAUGAGCAGGAGGUGAAGACUACAGAUGACUUAACUGCUCCAGAAUCCUCUGUGGAGACAGUUGUCUCUCCGCGGUCUGUAGUGAAGACCGAAGCAGAGAGACCCCAGCAGGAGACAAAGGGUGGAGUAGAAGAUGAGAAGGUGGAGUUUAGCCUGGCCGAAACUGCUGAGCCGGCCCACACCAAAGGUUCUGCCGUCAGCCGGGUUGAGCCUGAGGGGGACGAAGGGCAGGAGCAACCAGACCAAACCAGUCCUGGUGACCCUGAAAGCCAACACCCAGAGAAGAAGGGCCAGCAGGACCAGCACGCCGAGUCCUCCCAGCCUGAGUCUGCGCAGGUGGAGCCCACUCAACCCGGGGCCUCCCAGAUCGAAUCCACACAGGCAGACUCUGAGCUGGCUGAGUCCAUGCAGGCAGAGACCUCGCUAGCAGAACUGGUCCAGGUCGAAUCCGUGCAGAUCAAGGCCCCCCACCUUGAGUUUGAGCAGGUGGAGUCCACGCCAGAUGAGUCCAAGCAAGGUGAAUCUGGGCAAUCUGAGUCCACACAGGUGGAGUCAAUGCGCGUUGAGGCCUCUGUAGCAGAACCGGUCCAGGCUGAAUCCACGCAGAUCAAGACCACCCAACCUGACUUUGAGCUCGUGGAGUCCACGACAGAUGAGUCCAAGCAAGCAGAAUCUGGGCAAUCUGAGUCCACAAAGGCGGAGCCAAUCCACGUUGAAUCCUCUCUGGAAGAACCGGUCCAGGUUGAAUCCAAGCAGAUCAAGACCACCCAAGCUGACUUGGAGCAGGUGGAGUCCACGCCAUACAAUUCCAAGCAAGCUGAGUCUGCGAAGGAAAAGUCCAUGCUGGAUGAUUCUGCACAGUCUGAGUCCACACAGUUUAAGUCUACACAGGUGGAGUCCACACAGGACAAGUCCUCUCUAGCUGAGCCGUCCCAAGUCGAAUCCAUACAGAUAGAGACCCCCAAAGCCGAGUCCAAUCAUGCUGACUCCACACAGGCAGAGUUAUCUCAAGCUGAGGACUACCAGAUCGAAUCCACACAGGUUGAGGCCUCUCAGCCAGAAUCUUUGCAGAUCGAGUCUGCACAAGUGGAAUCCACGCCGGACAACUCCACGCAAGCUUACUUUGAGCCGGCUGAGUCUGCGCAGAUGGAGUCCACACCAGAUGAAUCCACAGACGUGAACACCUCUCAGCCUGAGUCUGCGCAGUUAGGGUCCAUGCCUGCCGAGUCUGCACAUGCCGGAUCCACACAGUUCAAGUCGGUGCAGAUGGAGUCCACACCAGACGAAUCCACACAGGUGGACACCUCUCAGCGUGAGUUUGCACAAAUGGAGUCCACACAGAUUAAGUCUGCGACUGUGAGAUCCAUGCCGGACAACUCCAUGCAAGCUCACUUUGAGUCUGCGCAGCUCAAGUCUGUGCAGAUGGAGUCUACACCAGACAAAGCCACACAAGCGGACACCUCUCAGCCUGAGUCUGCACAGAUGGCAUCCACACAGGCUGAGUCUUUGCUGGCUGAGUCGGAACCAGACGACUACGUACAGGCCAAGUCUCCGCAGGUGGAGACUACACAGUCCCAGAACUUGCAGGACGAGUCCGCAGAAUCUGUCCAAGUGAAGUCCAAACAGUUGCAGUCCAUACAGGCCACGUCCUCGCAGGCUGAGUGUGCAGAAGUCCUGCCUGGUGACAAUCUCGAGCCACAAGUAGCAAAAACUGAGGGGGAGACACCCAGUCCAAGUUCACCUCCUUGUCAAGACCAGGAAGAAGGUCCUGAGCUCGUCCAGGGAGAAGAUGGAAAAUGAUCACCGAGUUGCUGCUUGAUGAGCCACGUACCGAUCAGUUCUCCGAAUACUGUUAAUAUAUCCUUGCAGUCACAGUGCUAAAUAAACAUUAUAUCCGUGUAAGACUGUGCCAUUUGGAAUCAUU